CCCCUUCAUUCUACUUUUCAAAAUUUUCCCAAUCCCAUUCAAUGGAUUUUUCGUUGGCAAAAUCCAUGUCUUUCUUAUUCCUUGUAAUUCUCUCCUCUUUUCUCCAAAUUCAAGCUAGAGAGAGCAAGUUCUUUAGCAAGAUCACCCAUGCUAGCAUUAGCACCACCAUUUUGCCUCCCACUGAGGCACCUACACCUUACCCUGCAACCGCACCCGCACCCGCGCCGGUUACAAAGAGCUACUAUGGCCUUUUUGGUCCAGGCUCUGGCCUUGUUAUUCCGGAAAAGGAGACUACCAACACCCCCACUACCACCAAUGAUGACAAUGAUCUCUUAGAUGAAGAGCUUGUCGGUGAAAGUUACCAAACAGGCUACCAAAACAAAAAUUACAACUACAACAAUGGUUACACCACCAAAGAGGUCACCACUGACAACUACAAUUACAACAAUGGGUACACCACCACGCCGGCCACCACUAACAACUACAAUUACAACAAUGGCUACACCGCGGCUACCACCACCACCACUGGUAACAAGUACAUGAACAAUGGCAAUGCUGAGAAUUACAAGAAUAGUAGGUACACUGCUAGCAAUUACAACAACAAUGGAUAUGAGAGUGAGAGGCAAGGAUUGAGUGACACAAGGUUUGUGGAGGGUGGAAAGUACUAUUAUGACGUGAAGAAUGAGAAUAAUUAUCCCAAUUAUGGGUAUGAGGCUGCGAGGGGAGGUGUUAGAAAUCAGGGGUAUUUUGGGAGUACACAGAAUUCCAAUGAGUUCAACACCAUGGAAGAGUACUACCAGGAGAAUCAAGAGGAGUUUGUGCCUUGAAUGUUGGUCUUUAGAUCAAAUUAAGAAAAGAAAGAAACGAAAAGAGUGUUUUGAAUGUUUUAACUUUUAAGACUAAGUUAUAUUUUUUUUUUUUUUUUUUUUUUCCUUUUGUCUUACUUUGAUUUUUAGUCUAAUGACAGGUGUCUGC